AUGUCUUCUUCACCUGCACCGCCCGCCAACUCCGGGCUGGAAAUGAAGCCAGUCUCCAGCGUAGUCACAGGCUCGUCGGCACCACCCGGAAUCACCACCACCUCACCGCAACAACUGUCCGAUCUUGCAGCCGCUCUGCUUCAACUCUCACUCCGACUAGACGACAUAGAACGGAGGCUACCUCCACCCAACCCUUCCGACCCUACAAUAUCACCCGCCUUCUCCUCGACAACGCCUCUCGUCACCCCAUAUCUUUCCACACCUUCGAUCCACCCACCGCCAUCACCAACAAACCCGAACACCCCAAAAUCACCCCGCUCUACAGCCCUAUCAGCCUACAUCUCCCGCUUCAUCCACUCCCUCCCGCAUCGCGUAGCAUACGCCGCCCGCUCAGCUGCCCUUAAACGUGCACAGCACUUUUUGAUCAGCACAGGAACAAAUCUGUUGAUGUUUCUGUGGAUAAGGAAGCUGAGGAAGGUGGUGUUGCAGUACUCGAUUGUGCUGGCGUUUAAGCUCCAGCGCGCGCAGGAGGGGCAGAAGAGGUUGUGGAGGGGUGUGGGGAAGAAGUUGCUUGAGGGGGCUACCAGGGUUUUACAGUAG